AGUUGGCGUGCCGCUAUUGAUCCCUUUGGUGAUGGAACUGGCUGCUUGGCGGCGCGAAUGCGGCCCUGAAAUCCUCCUCCGCCAAUCCGGAAUAUGACGGGCUGGUCGAAUUGGGAUGAGCCUGGGUCAACCCAUUCCUCUCAUCUCCGUCUCGACCUCCGUACACAUUCCAGCAGCAUGGAGCAGCUAUCCCCAUCGGAGUCGCCCUCGCCCUCAUCAUCGGCACCGGUCGCCCCAGGCAAUCAAAGUCGAUCCGUCCCCCCUGGCCCCUCCGACAAAGCCUGGAAGCCAUCGUUUAUCCCUGCCGGCUGGGGGCUUUCGCCUCCAGAAGGCAGUGCCAAGUUCAACCAGAACGCCGAAGAUGUCGCCAAGGCCCUUUGGACUGAAGCCAAUUCGCAACAGGCCCAGCGGACUGCCGGGAAUUUCGACGGUGUCCUCUCCGGAGAAUGCUCGUCCUCAGCGUCAUCGGAGCCUUCGGCAUCAGCGCCGAUAUCGAGCUCGCUCUGGGACGAGCCCAUCAAAGGUGUCCAGUUUUUCGGAACCGGCGGGCCUCAAUGGGGAGGCUGGGAUCCCCCUCGCCAAGACAAGUAGCCUCUGCUUCAUGGAGCCCACCAAGACAAUAGCUGGAGGACAGAGAUUGCUGGGUGUGCGGCACUGGGUCAGAUCCGCCAACUUCCCAGAGUCAGCCAAUCCCAGCGACCAGCUGAGGUGAGGAGUUGAGUCUGUGCCGAGCCAGGGGGCUGAAUAAAUUGAGCCGGUUAUCUCUCGAUAUUGGA